AUGUCAACCAAACCCAUCCCCCCAGCACUAGAGCCCUACCUGCGCCUCCCACCGGAAGCCUCCCUCAUCCUACUCACGGGCACGCUGGGCUGCAGCGUCAACUGGCUCACGUGCCGCUUCAUCGCUACGGCACUCUCGCAGCCUGCUUCACAAGACGGAAACGAAAAUGAAGACGACACGACGAGACCGGUGGUCCUUAUUAGCUGGCUUCGCGAUUUGGCGUGGUGGAAGGGGGAGGUGAAGAGGACGACGGGCCUCGACAUAACCCGCCCCCCCUCGCACCUAACCUUCGUCCCCCUCCUCUCCCCCACCAACACCCUCCCCACCACCCUCCCCCUAACCCUCACCGCACCCCUCCUAAUCCUCGACGUCCCCCUCCCCCCCUCCCUCCCCACCCUCCUCCCGCUGCGCGCCCAAGCCCACGCCACAAUCCUCUCCACUGCCGCGGACAUCCCCCUCCUCUCCCCCACAACAACGCCCCUCGAGACCUCCGCGGCGGAGUUUUUGAUCGUGGCGGCGCAUAGUGCUAGGGUGGUUAUGGGUGUUAGGGAGCUGGAGACGGGGGCUGCGAGGGAUGUUAGUGGGGCUUUGAGGGUGACGAGAGGAGGAGGUUGGGAAGGGGAUGGGGAGGAGGUGGAGGAGAGGGAGAUGUUGUAUUUUGUUGGGAGGGAUGGUGGGGUGAGGGUGUUUGGGAGGGGGGAGCAGUAA